AGUGAAAGAAACAACUGAAUCAGUGAAUCUCAAUCCCAAAGGUAAGUGACAGACAAAGGUCGUAUAAAAUAUAUUAAAAUUAAAAGAAAAAUAAAACCCAAAAAGAAGAAGAAAAAAAGGACAUUUAUAAAAUGGAAAAAGAAGAAGACAUUUUUGUAGGAAACUGAAUAAAGAAAGAAGUCAAGAACCAGACGCAUUGUAGUAAGAGAGAGAGAGAGAGAGAAGGAGAGAGUCUGGAAGAGUGGAGAGUUGAGGUGGGUCAGGUUUUGAGGGAAGGUCAUAGUGGCCGUUGUUAGUUUUUUUGGUCAUGAUGUUGAUGCUUUGGACUUGGUUUUAAUUAAUUGGGAGCUGCUGAAAGUGGGUCUAAGCAGCAGCAGCAACAGCAACAACAACCCAAUAGGUUUGAGAAGCGAAGUGUAAGACGACAAGGCAUACCUGGAUAGAGUUUGGUGGCUGAGGUUUCAAGUUCAAACAACAUGUCUGUAGCAUUACUAUGGGUGGUUUCCCCCAAUACAGAGGUGUUCAACUUCUUUGGGAUUUUAGAUUCAUCAAGGUUUGCUUUGGGAAAUCGAAGUUCGAUUAGAGCAAAGAUGGGUAGGAAACAGAAAUGGAAAUCUUGCUCUCUCAGUACAGAUGUGAAGUAUUCAUCUGUAGGGAGCUCUGGCCUAGGCAGUGAAAACAAAUUUCCGGUUUUAUCACGCGUGGUGGCUAACCCGGUUGGAGAAAUAGCUGUCUCAUCUGAACAGAAGGUUUAUGAUGUCGUGCUAAAGCAGGCAGCCUUGGUUAAGAAGCAGUUGAACUCUAAUGGAGAUCUUGAUGUGAAGCCUGAUAUUGUUCUUCCCGGGAAUCUGAGCUUGUUGAGUGAUGCUUAUGAUCGAUGUGGAGAAGUAUGUGCAGAGUAUGCCAAGACUUUUUAUCUGGGAACUCUGCUUAUGACCCCUGAAAGAAGAAGGGCCAUCUGGGCAAUAUAUGUGUGGUGUAGGAGGACAGAUGAGCUUGUUGAUGGGCCUAACGCCUCACACAUAACACCAACAGCUUUAGAUAGGUGGGAGUCGAGGUUAGAAGAUCUUUUCCAAGGUCGUCCAUUUGAUAUGCUCGAUGCUGCUUUGUCAGAUACAGUCAACAAAUUUCCCGUUGACAUUCAGCCAUUCAAAGAUAUGAUAGAAGGAAUGAGAAUGGACCUUAGGAAGUCAAUAUACCAAAACUUCGAUGAACUAUAUCUCUACUGCUAUUAUGUUGCUGGGACUGUUGGAUUAAUGAGUGUUCCAGUUAUGGGCAUUUCACCUGAAUCACAAGCAACAACAGAGAGUGUAUAUAAUGCUGCCUUGGCGUUAGGGAUUGCGAAUCAGCUCACAAACAUUCUCAGGGAUGUUGGGGAGGAUGCAAGGAGAGGAAGAAUUUAUUUACCACAAGAUGAACUUGCACAAGCAGGGCUUUCUGAUUCUGACAUAUAUGCUGGAAAGGUCACAGACAAGUGGAGGAGUUUCAUGAAGAAUCAAAUUAAGAGGGCAAGGAUGUUCUUCGACGAGGCAGAGAAGGGUGUGACAGAGUUGAGUGAAGCCAGCAGAUGGCCGGUGUGGGCUUCCCUACUUCUAUAUCGCCAAAUAUUGGAUGAGAUAGAAGCUAACGAUUACAACAACUUCACAAGAAGGGCUUAUGUAAGCAAAGCUAAGAAAUUACUUGCUUUGCCUAUUGCAUAUACUAAAUCCCUCAUUCGGCCCUCAAGAACCUCUUCUUAUUCAACUAGAGCUCAGAAAACUGAUUCCUUGACAUCAAAAGUCUAGAAUUGCUUAUCGAGAGAAAAGAAUCUGUGUAAAGCAUAAAUUUGUAUAUUAUUAUAUGUAUUAUUGCAGCAAGAAUUUAUAAAAUUAAAGGGUUAUAUGAUUCCACUUCAAAGCUGUGACAUUGUUUUGUGAUUCAACUUAAUUUCAACUUUC